AUCGCCGCCGGAGCCGGGACACGCGAGCUGGCCCUGGACCAUGCGAGGAUGUGGCCGCGCCCUCGCUGAGCUGUCCGCCCCCGCCCCCGCUGCCUGUCCCGCCCGGCGCCAUGGGAGGAUGCUUCUCCAAGCCCAAACCAGUUGAAGUGAAAAUUGAAGUUGUGAUACCUGAGAAGGAGAGAAGCAAGGAGGAGAUGUCACCCAAUGGGAAAGCCAGCCCUCUAAUCUACAAAGUCAAUGGGACUGCCCGGCACUACCACCUUGAAGAGCAUCCAAUUGCCAGCAAUCCCUAUCACAACCCAAAGGACGUGGUGGAAGCGUCUGUGUGCCACGUGAAGGACCUGGAGAAUGGACAGAUGCGGGAAGUGGACCUGGGCUGUGGGAAGGCUCUGCUCAUCAAGGAGAAUGGCGAGUUCCAUGCCGUGGGACACAAGUGCCCCCACUAUGGGGCUCCACUGGUCAAAGGGGUUUUGUCCAAAGGAAGAGUCCGCUGUCCCUGGCAUGGAGCUUGCUUCAAUAUCRGCACAGGUGACAUCGAGGACUUCCCUGGCUUGGAUAGUUUACCCAGGUUCCAGGUGAAGAUUGAGAAGGAGAAGGUGUACAUCCGAGCGAGCAAGCAGGCUCUUCAGACACAGCGGAGGACAAAGAUGAUGGCAAAGUGCAUCUCCUUGAGCAACUACAACCUGAGUAGCACCAACGUSCUGAUCAUUGGUGCAGGGGCAGCUGGGCUGGUCUGUGCAGAGACCUUGCGCCAGGAGGGUUUCUCUGACCGGAUCGUGAUGUGCACCAUGGACAGACACUUGCCCUACGACAGACCUAAGCUCAGUAAGUCAAUGGAUUCCCACCCUGAGCAGAUCGCUCUGCGCCCCAAGGAGUUCUUCUGCACCUAUGACAUCGAAGUCCUGACUGAAAUGCAGGUGGCGGCUGUGGAUGUCAAGAGCAAGAUAGCUGUGUUCAAGGAUGGGUUUAAGAUGGAAUACAACAAACUGCUGAUAGCAACUGGAAACACGCCCAAAGCUCUCAGCUGCAAAGGCAAGGAGAUGGAAAAUGUUUUCAACAUCCGGACRCCUGAAGAUGCCAACCGUGUGGUGAAGCUGGCCACAAGCAAGAACGUGGUGAUCGUGGGAGCAUCCUUCCUGGGGAUGGAGGUGGCCGCCUACCUCACAGAGAGAGCCCACUCGGUGUCUGUGGUGGAGCUAGAGGAAGUCCCCUUCAAGAAGUUCUUUGGGGAGAGGGUUGGCCGUGCUGUCAUGAAGAUGUUCGAGAACAACAGGGUCAAGUUCUACAUGCAGACAGAGGUGUCGGAGCUGCGGGAGCAGGAGGGGAAGCUGAAGGAGGUUGUGCUGAAGAGUGGGAAGGUGCUGCGUGCUGAUGUCUGUGUCGUGGGUGUUGGCGCAGUGCCAGCCACGGGCUUCCUCAAGCAGAGUGGCAUCAACAUCGACUCCAAGGGCUUCAUCGUGGUCAACAAGAUGAUGCAGACCAACAUCCCAGGGGUCUUUGCUGCUGGAGAUGCUGUCACGUUUCCACUGGCCCUACGGAAUAACAAGAAGGUGAAUGUCCCCCACUGGCAGAUGGCUCACAUGCAUGGCCGCAUCGCCGCGCUGAACAUGCUGGCCCACGGCACAGAGAUCAGCACUGUCCCGUACCUGUGGACAGCSAUGUUUGGGAAGAGCAUCCGAUACGCGGGCCACGGGGAAGGAUUUGAUGAUGUUGUCUUUCAGGGAGAUUUAGAUGAACUGAAGUUUGUGGCAUUUUAUACCAAGAGGGGCUCCCGGAGAUGGCGUGUGGGUACCAGGACGGCAUUCCAUGCUGAGAGUCGCAGGAGUGACGAGGUGGUGGCUGUGGCCAGCAUGAACUAUGAUCCAAUCGUCUCCAAGGUGGCCGAGGUCCUGGCUGCUGGCAGGCCCAUCCGGAAGCGUGAUGUGGAAACUGGAGACAUGUCCUGGCUAACAGGGAAAGGCUCCUAAUGCCGCUGGUGGCUGAGCCCUCCUGAUGCUGCACUUGCUGUGGGGAGAUGGGAUGGCAGCUCCACAGCUCAGCCAUUUCCCUUUGAGACCUGGAUGAACCCACACCUGGCAUUGUGCAUUAACCUUCCCAGAAGGAUCUCCCACAGCUCCUCUGCCCCUGUGCCUGCUGGGCUGUGACUCUGCUGAUGCAAAUGCUGUGGAAUGCUGGAAAAGCAGCCCCGAGAGAGCGUGGGGKUUGGCACUGGCAGUGGGCACGGGCRCCACGUGGUUCCAGAUGCUGCCAUUAGGCUGGGGGUCCCCAGGCGGGUCUGCCUCACUUACGUCCCUCACCCCCAUAAGCAGCACGAGUGCCUUUGGUUGYUCCUGUGCUUUCAUGCAUGAUGCUUCUUUCCAAAUUCUCUUUGCUCCCAGCAGAGCUCCAAUGUGCUUCCCCACGGAGCCUGACAUCUGCUCUUCCUGCAUGGCUGCAGGUUUGCCACAGCUCUCCCUGAGCCCAGCCACCCUGGGGAGCAUCUGGGCGGGCCAGGAGAUGKGGUCACACUGGGUGGUCUCUGUGCAGGCUGAUCCUGUGCAGCCCCCCAGCAGAGGGGGGUCCUUGGCCAUGCUGGGGGCUCUGGAGCUCAUCAGUCCCAUCCCRGCACCUCCUGUCCUGGAGCAGCCAUGGGGCUGGGAUGCGUUCCCUGUCUCCCAGAGCUCGCUUUGGACUGGGGCACUGGCAGCUCUUGGUCUGUUCCCAGGGUGUGGAGAGUGGGUCCCUGAGAGUGUGAUGGCUCAGCUGUAGCCCUGGGCUGGGUGGCCACCCUUCUAGCCAGCCUUGAGGUGUCUGUCCUUAAUGCUAUCACGGGAUCAGUGCUACUGCUGAGGUGAUUCUUGAGGAAAAGUAGCUGGAGGAGCAUUUCUGGCCGUCCAUUCUCUGUCACUCACCUAGUGCAGUGACAUUUCUCAGCCCACCAUGCCAGUGCUCUGCUGUCCUGUUUCCUGCCCCAUGCUGAAGAAGAGCCGUGUCUUCAGCUCAGGACUGGACCUGGCCAGCCACAGCUCUGUGUCCAUCAGCCCAGCAGAGUGGGGGGUUGAGGGUCCCCUGUGGAGAGACUSCAAUGCUUUGUUCUGGGGGUCACUCCUUCCCCAGCAAUCAGUGUUUUACCCUGAGUCCAAAACAAGAGGAUUUAUAUUUUUAAUUUGAUCCACCCCCUACGAAUUAAAGCAAUAUUAUU